CCCCACGAACUCCACGUUGGCGUCCCUUAGACACCGUCGUACACCACGCUCAUUCGCCGCCGCCAGCUUCAAACACUCCCCACUGCAGAUCCAUGCUGCGCUACUCCCUACCCGGCGCUCACAUACCUUAACUCCUUACUGAGACCGAGCUCGUCCACUCGUAAGGCCGUCCGACUCGGUCUUUUCUCAGAGUACAGCCAGUGCUUUUACGCCAACCCAACAAGGUGUGCCGCCGCGGUGCUAUGGCCGCUCUAUUCCCAGGGUUCCCAGGGUACAAUGGCAGGGAGCUGGGCCAAUUUGGGGUAAAGAGCUAGGACCUUUGUGUUGAUGAGGGGGUUCAAAAUCUCACCAUGUCCAUGGCCGCCGCCAUAAAAUCUUCAUGCCCUGCAGCCCCCCUCCCUCCUACCGAUUCUAGAGUUGGACCUAGAAUACGUAGAUGAACUGCAAGAGACCGGCGGAGUUUCCACGGACGAUCGGUCAAGCUCGGAGUUUCCGUGUUAAACGCACAUAAGCACAUAGCACAUGCGGAGUAUAUAUACUCAUCGCAACGGCAUCAUCUGAGCCUCACCACCUCAGCCUCAACUUCUUUGCCUUGCUUCAACAUCAGAGCCUCGUCGCUUGCUCUACCCCGACGGCAUAACUGACGAUCUUGUGCCUCAAGCAACAAUGGCAGCACAUACCGACACAGCACCUUCGACUUCGUCGUCGUCCAUGAAGGAAAACGACAAGGCCAUCGAGGCUGGAGAUCUUGGGCCAGUAUAUAAUGGAUCUGUCACUGGCACCGAUGCCGUCGCACGGGUUCAGUCUAAGAGCGGGCCCAUCGACACAGACGCUGCGACAAUUCACUCGAACGCAGACCUCGAGAAGAAUGCGCGCGCCCUAUCACACAACCCUCUACCACCCGGGGGACCCAAUCCGGCAAACUUCCCCGAUGGCGGCCGCGCCGCAUGGCUCGUCGUCCUCGGCGCAUGGUGCGCCAUGUUCUGCAGUUUCGGGUGGAUAAACUGUAUUGGUAUCUUCCAGGACUACUACCAGGGGCAUCAGCUGAAGGAAUACACACCGAGUACCAUCGCAUGGAUCCCUUCGAUGGAGGUAUUCCUAAUGUUCGCCGGGGGCCCCCUCUUCGGAUAUAUUUUUGACUGCUACGGACCUCGUUACCUCCUCUUCUUCGGCUCCGUCUGCCACGUCUUUGGCCUGAUGAUGGUCUCGCUGUCGUCAGAGUACUACCAGUUCUUCCUCUCGCAGGGUGUGUGCAGCGCCAUCGGAGCCUCCGCUAUCUUCUACCCUGCCAUGAACGUUCUCCCAACUUGGUUUCUGCGCAACCGUGCUGCAGCAUUCGGAAUCGCGGCGUCUGGCUCCUCGCUCGGCGGCGUCGUUCUCCCAAUUAUGGUCACGCAGCUGAUUCCGAAGGUGGGCUUUGCCUGGACCAUGCGCAUCACUGCUUUCGUUUUCCUCGGCAUGCUCAUCGUUGCCAACCUCACCAUCAGGUCGCACAUCAAGCCGAUCAAGAGGGAGAGGUCGAUUAUGGACUUCGUUAGACCCCUGAGCGAACCAGCUUACUUGCUGCUCUGUCUCGGCUGUUUCUUCUUCUUCUUCGGCACUUUCAUUCCCUUCAACUUCAUCAUUCUCCAGGGAAUCCACUACGGGAUGUCUCCCAGCCUCGCUGUGUACCUCAUCCCCAUCGUCAACGCAGUCAGCAUCUUCGGCCGCAUCAUCCCCGGCAUCUUCGCCGACCGCUACGGCCGCUUCAACGCCCUAAUCGCCACCUCCGCCCUCUCCUCGAUCCUCGUCCUAGCGCUCUGGCUGCCCUCCCGGGGCGCCAUCCCCAUCAUCCUCUUCGGCGCCUUCUACGGCUUCUCCUCUGGCGCAUUCGUCUCCAUCUCCCCCUCGUGCGUCGCGCAGAUUUCGGAUGUCCGCGAGAUCGGCGUCCGCAUGGGCACGCUGUACUUCAUCAUCUCCUUGGCGGGGUUGACGGGGAACCCGAUCGCGGGAGCUCUGUUGACGCGCAUGGAGGGAGAGUACACGGGCGUGCAGGUGUUUUGCGGUGUCGCUAUGGUGAUUGGGACGACGCUGUUUGUUGCGAGUCGCUGGAUUCAGACGGGGUUCAAGAUGAAGAUUAUUUGAACGCUGAGAUACCCAUAUAGUUUUUGGUGCUGCUGGGCAUAUACCUCCGUCGAUUGGCGAUGGAUUUUUUUUGGUUAUAUAUAUUGGUAUCGCAUGGUUUCGGGAUAGACAUGGAUGGAUGGCUGGUAUAUUUUAUAAUAAAAUUGGGGCGGGUAAGAUAGGCGUGGUUAUUUAGAUGUGCGCUGUAUAUAUACCACUUUGCUGGACAUAAUCAACUCAAAUCAAUUUUUUUAUAUUACUUCAUGCAUCAUAUAAAAGCUGUCUAAAAUAUCCG